UUAACAUGUUUAUUGUUAUAAUUCAUGACAAAAAUUAUGUUCAUUGUGUUAUAUGUCAAUGGUGUUGGUUAAUUUCUCAAAACAGAAUUAGAAGUGAGAAAUUCGUUUAAUUUUCAAUGAAAACAUUGAAUAUAUAAUACCGCAACAAUUCCUCAAAUAUAAUAGGCAUGAUGCCUUGACAGGAGAAUCUUCUCUAUUAAAUUCGUUGGGUUUAUUUAAUAAACGAGUUGACUUUCGGUUGAUAGAGCUGGCUUAAACAAAAAAAGAUCAAAUACUGUUUAACAAUGUCUGUCACAGAAACUACAGUUAUUUUCGCCAAAUUAGAGGCGUUGAAAGAUAUCAAAUCCAAGACCCUGCAGCUGGAGAAAAUGAAACAAAGAAUAUUGCAAGAGGUAGAGCAAACAGAACAAGAAGAAAAAUGUUUAUUGGAAUACAAGCAGGAAAUGGACCUUCUUAUGCAAGAAAAGAUGGCACAUGUUGAAGAAUUACGACAGAUACAUGCAGAUAUUAAUGCGAUGGAAACUGUUAUUAAGCAAGCAGAAGAAGCUAGGAAUAAAGCAAGAGAAACUGCAAAAUUGAUUCAUAAUAAUGAUUAUCAACCUUUGAAACAUGAUAUUGAUCGUAUGCGCAGAGAAUUUUUGGGGUUGGAAAGAUUACCAGAAUUAUAUGAAACAGAAUCUGAUCUUAUUUCACCAGACUAUUUUGAACGUCCAAUGCAAAAAGCAGAAUGGAGGGUAGAAGUCAGAGGUGAUGAUUUAUUACCUCCACUUACUUUACACCAUCCUGGCCACCCAGGUGGUUCCACACCUUUUCUUGCUCCUCAACCUCUUCAGGGUCCAAGUAAACCAGAACCAAGACCAUUACCACCAGCCCCGGGUCCACCGGCUCCAACAUUCAGGUACCACUGGCAACAACCACCACCAAUGAAAUCAUGUUUAUCAUGUCAUCAACAAAUUCAUAGAAAUGCACCAAUUUGCCCUCUAUGUAAAGCUAAGUCUCGAUCGCGUAAUCCUAAAAAGCCAAAGAAAAAAGACUAAUUGUAAUUAUAAAUGUUAUUUAUAUGGAACACGAAAUACUUCUGUCAUUUAUUUCUAAGGGCAUGUGUUAAUGGUUUUGUUUUAUAACUUAUAACAGUUCUACAACCCUAUAAUGUACUGUAAAGAACUCUAUUCCCAACCUGUAUCAACAGCAACAUAGGUGGAUAUAAUAGGUAAUAAUUCUAUAACAGAUAUAAAUAAAACUUAAUGUUUUACGAUUUUCAUAAAAAAAAUUGUAAAGUUUAGUAAUUAUCGUUUACAUAAACAGAAAAAGUUUUAUUACAA